AUGACGAUUGGAGAUGAUCGAAUCGUACCGACCUGUGAACCGUUUGAACUGUCGAGGUUCAAAGUUUUGGUGACAAUGUCAGGGCAAACGAGACCAGGCGAACUGACGGUGACUCUUUCCUCAACCUGCGUCGCGUCGCGGCCCGUCGUUGUACGUCUGUCGUUCAGCGCGCUGCCGCGUCCGCACCGAUGUAUCGGUUCGAAUUCGAUCAUAAUUGUAUCCGCCGUCGUGUCUGACAUCUGCCGCGCGCGCGAAAUAGUUUUCGACGCGACGCGCAAAUUUGUCGCCUGUCACUUGCUCGCUGACCCGAUUCUCUCGACCAUUUCUGCCAGCGGAUUUUGUCGGCAAACGACGCGUUUUUUACCUCGAUUUCGCGCCGCGUUGUUUCUGUGCGCGUCUUCAUCGCCAGGCGCGACGGCACUGUUGCGACGCAGACGGUCGGCGGCGCGGUCGGCAACGCGGCUCUGGUGCUGUAGAUCCGCUGUUGAUCCGCUGUUGAUCCGCCGUCGAUCCGCUGUCGAUCCGGUGAUCACCAGUCGCCUUCGACCGACCGAGGACGAACGCGUUUUUUGUCCUGAUAAGGUUUCUUCCGAACGAUGGUCGGCGGAGGCAGUUGUUCUUUUCUGUGUUCCGUUUCGUUGCGCUACAUUCGUCGCGGCGCUCGUCCACUCGGCUGAGUCGCUGCGACCGCGACGGACGCAGACGAGAAAGCAACAGGACAGAGCGAAGAAAUAUUGCCACUGUUUCUACCAUGCAUCUGCUGUUUUGUCGUGUCAACAGCGGAGGAACAUUCUCGCUUUUCGAAGCGAAGUUAACGACGAAAGCGAACAACCGCCAACUUGCGGCUGGGUGACGGAGGAAACAGCGGCUGAGGCUGAGGCUGAGGCUGAAGCUGAGGCAGAGACAGAGACAGAAUCGCAGGUUUCGCCGGCUCUUGCCAUUCGUUACUCGUCGUCUUCGUUUCGUUGUCACCUGCGUUCGUUUCUUCCGGUGCCGUUCGCACUUCGUCGAUCAGAUGUGUCGCGCGCGCUAUUCGGUGGCAGUGGCGAUGGCGGUGGCGGUGGCGGUGGCGGUGGCGGAGGCGGAGGCGGAGGCGGUGGCGGUGGCGGUGGCGGAGGCCGUGGCAGUAGCAGUGGCAGGGAGCUGUGGCUGUGGCUGUCGCAGUGGCGGUACGGUUGUUAACG